AUGACUAUUACAAUAAUGGGGGAGGACGGAGAGGAGAAGCCGAAAGCGGCGGAGAGUCAGGACGAUGGCUAUGAGACGAGCAAUAGCGGCGAGGCGCGGCGGAAGCCCUCCAGCGCUGAGGGUUCUCCCGCGCCCGUCCCUCCCCGCACCCCUCCGCCUGAACCUCCUUUUGAGCCCCUUUUACAACGGCCCUUCCCCUCCCCCUACCGCCAUUUUGAACCUCCAGCGCCGCCACCUCAUCACGACCCGGAACCAUACCAGCACUUUCCCUUUCCAAAGUACAACCAAGACGCGUACUUCAAACGAGAACCAGAGGCGCCGUACGACAUGAGCCAACAAAUGCCACAUCAGUUCGGUAAACGUAGUGAGGACUUAUACAAUGGUAUCAAGCAAGAGUGCGAGGAUCCUUACUCCUUUGUGGAGGACGAUGCUAUGUGUGCCAUGUUGGGACAGCAGCAUCAUAUGCCGCCGCAUAUGCAACAUCACGAACACCUCCCGCAUCAGCAUCCACAUAUGCAGAUGCACCCGCAGCAGAUGAUGCUCAAUCAACCGAAGAAACGAGGUCGAAAGAAGAAAAUUAAAGAUGAAAAUGGGUAA